UUUAUUUUUUUAUUUCAAGAGAGAGAAACAGAAACAAAGACUUUUUUUUCUAGAGAGAGAAGGAGAGAGAAAACAGUUUUAUCAGGUACAUCAAAAAAAUAAAUAAAAUUAAUUUAAUUAAAAAAAUAAAAAAUAAAGAAGGAAGAGAAGAGAGAGACCCAUGGAAAAUCAACCAUAGUUUCUGAAUGGAAACCCUAGCCCUAACCCGAAUUCGUAUGCUCGGAUCCUCCAUACUCGGCCCCUUUCGGAUCCUCCGUUCCUUCUUGUUCUUCGCCGGAGGUUGAGUCGCCGUCGGCUCAUUUGGUGGUCUUUGUUUUGCUUGAGAGAGAGAGAGAGAGAGAGGGAGAGAGUGUGUGCUUGGUUUUGUGUUCUGUUCUGUGUGCGUGUGUUAUGGGGAGUACGGAUUCAGGUACGGCCGAGUUCAGCGUAGGAUCGAUCGUCUGGGUGCGGAGGAGGAACGGUUCUUGGUGGCCUGGGAAGAUAGUUGGGCCUGAGGAGCUUUCAGCUUCGCAUCUCACCUCGCCUCGUUCGGGGACUCCGGUCAAACUUCUUGGCAGGGAAGAUGCCAGUGUGGACUGGUACAAUUUAGAGAAAUCCAAGCGUGUGAAGUCAUUUCGAUGUGGGGAGUUUGAUGAUUGUAUUGAAAGGGCAGAGUCCUCACAGGGCAUGCCUAUAAAGAAAAGAGAGAAGUAUGCACGCCGUGAAGAUGCUAUUCUUCAUGCACUUGAACUUGAAAAACAGCAGUCAAAGAAACAAGGAAAGUUAGGUAUAGCUUCUGAUCGCACGAUCAAUAAGUCAUCUGGUGCGGUCAAAAAGGGGUUAGUUACGACUUCAGAAAGUUUGGGAAUUGAUAAUGUAAAACUUGGAAUUCCCAAAUCAAAUCAGUUUUCUAAGAGAAUAGAUGUGUCCCAUAAGAAUGAGACUCUGGGCGGUCUUUUGUCUUCUCAAAAAUCCAAAGAGGGAAAUCACCUUAGUGGGGAAGAAGAUCAUUCUGAUGUUACACCUCGGAUGAGGGGCUUGCAGGACUUUGGGCUCAGGAUUGCCUCUUCAAAGACUAAACUUUCACCUUCUGUUGCUUUAAAUGGUUCUCGGAAACCGAUGGUUGACCAUAGUGUUCAAGCUCCCCCUUGUGGCGGUCUUAAAAUGGAUGCAAGUCACUUGAAUGGUAAAAAUUCUUUAGACACAAGGAAAAGGUUACAUGAGGGGUUGAGUGAGGAAUGUUUGGUCAAGCGACGUGACAAGCGCCGACCUCUUGUCCAAGUUUUGCUGAAUAGUGCAAAAUUAGAAGUCCCUGAUUCCAUGCAACCUGACAGUGCUACUGUUUCUACUUCUAUUUCAGGAGGGGAGCAUUUGGGAGUUUCUUGCAGAGCAAAGAGGAGCAGAUGUGUGUACUAUCCAGCAGAAUCUAGUGAAUCCUUGGACAAUAAAGCAAUAUCACAAAGUGACGUUGAGAUGUCAGAUUCCCAGAUUGGAGCUUCUUUACAUCCCAAUUCUUUGACUGAAGAAAACGUUUCUGGUUCUACGGAAGAUGAAUCAGAUUCUUCAGAAACAGGUUCUUCUGAAUCUGAGUCUGAUUCUUCUGAGACAGAACAAGAUAUGGAUGAAGAAAUGGCAGUUUUCUCAGAUGCUGCUGUACCUAUGGAACCAGAUGUGAACUCUUUGGGAAGAUAUGAAGCACAAGAACAUGGACGCAUGGGAUGCGAUGAACCGGAGGAUAUGAUGCUUUCUGGUGAUGCAUCUCACUUUUAUACCCGUUAUCCUACAUCUGCCAACGAAUCAGUGUCCAAAUGGAAAUUGAAAGGAAAAAGGAAUAUUCGCAAUCUUACAAAGAGGUCAAUGGAUGCUCCUGAUGAGAAAGGUUAUAUUUAUGGAGCUUAUCCUGAAGAUAAGGAUUAUAGGGCAGAAAUGUUUGGACAGGACAUUGGAUACUCUUCAUCAAGAGCUGCUUCCAGAGUUCGAAACAGCGGUGGUCAUAACAUAACUGACUGGGAUGACUGGAGUUGGGAUGAUCGGCCUUCUUCGAAGGGAUAUAGGGAUAUUAAAAAAGAACGCUUUGACCCGCUUUAUGAUGGUCGUCAUCAGUUUGGUGGAAGAUCAGGAUCAAUUUUGAUAGAAGUUGAUGUAAAAGUCCAAGCAAGAUAUCAGAAAGAGCCCGUUCCUAUUGUUUCUCUGAUGAGCAAGCUAAAUGGGAAGGCAAUCAUAGGGCACCCUAUUCAAAUCGAAUCAUUAGAAGAUGGUUCAUCUAGUAAUCUCAUUUCAGCAAUGGAUGAUUAUGGCAACGAGCCAAUGGAAAACGACGGAAAUACUUCUCUUCCACAAGCAUGGAGAACUGCUAGAAGGACAGCCAACGUACGUGUGCCACGUCCUCACUUGUCAUCAACUCUCGACGGAGAUGAAACUGCAUACGAUUUUCCCUUCUUAGAUCGAGAAAAUAAGCCACCACCAUACAACAAGAAGGUGAAUUUCAGUCAUAAGCCGGGCCUCAUGAGGAGAAUUCCUCUUCAAAACUCGGCUCCUCCGUACGACAGAAAGCACAAAAAGAUGCCAAAGAAAACAAGCUCAUCAUCUAGCCAGAAAACAAGGACGCUAUCGUCGAUAGCCAUUCAACAUAACUUCAGCAACAAGCAAAUACACGACUUCAUCGGUGGUAGCCAAAAGGAUGAUGGGGUGAUGAAACCAGAGUCGUCGUCGUCAUCUGGGCUGACAACGGUUGCAUGCAUACCUGUGAAGUUAGUAUUUAGUAGGUUACUCGAGAAGAUAAACAGGCCGCCAUCGUCAAAGGCAGCUGGGAAUGCUGCAGCAGCAUUGUUAAAUAGUAAUGUGGAGAGAAAUCCACCAUAGAUUACUUGUACAUUUGUUAUAUGGGGGAGAACAAUAAAAUUAUACUGCUAGUACUACAAUCAUUUAUUGCUAAUUUUUUUCUUUUUUUUAGACAAGAGCAAGCAAUUUCUGCAGUUGGUUUUGAAUAAUGGAAUGGAGCAGGCAGCAGUUAGUGAAGUUAGGAAGAAGAAGAAGAAGUCAUCAUAUGUGUACAGAAAAACUCUUUAGAAGGUUCAGAAGGGCAGUGAAAUCAGCAGUCAAAGGAAAGAGCUUUAAGAAUUUUAGUGAGAAAGAGAGAAUUGGAUCCAAGUAUUUAUUAAAGUAUCUUGAUUUGAUUUGUUUGUUUGUUUGUUUUUUCUUUUCUUUUUUUUCAACUGAUUAAGACAAAAUCAUAUACAGAAAAACAUGGAACAGUGAAAUUCAUUGUAGAUGAUGUGUUUUGAAUUUGUAUUAUUACUACUGUUAGAUCUUA